AUGAAUGUCUGGCAGCGAAUUCACCAAAUAGCCGACUAUUUGCUAUCAUGGGUAAAACUCGAACAAAACGCGGAAGUCGGUUGGCGCUCAUUUAAUCGGAAGACUGGACAAUUGGAGCGAGAACAGCAAACACUAUGGAAGAAGCUCAAGCUUGUCAUUCUAUUUAAUCCUUUAAUGGAAUGGAUGGAUAGGACUCAUUUGAUGCGUUUGUACAUGCACGAAGAGUCUGUUGCAGAAGGGCGACGAGAAAGAACAACGGCUUCCCGAAAGCGCAUCAAGGCUUUUGUUGACUCAUAUGGAAUUAAUAUGCGAGAUUUCGAACCAGCAGAUGUCAAUUGCUAUCCUACUUUCGAGGAUUUCUUCACUCGGGCACAUAGGCCAGGGUCACGUCCCAUUUACGAAACAGACGAUCCGUCCCGUGCCGUCGUGGUGGCGGACUCGCGAGUUGUCGUCUUUGACUCAAUCACCGAGGCUAAAGCACUCUGGAUUAAAGGAAAGAACUUUAGUCUCAAUAACUUAGUCAUGAACAAUGAGAUAGGCGACAAGUUUAAGCAUGCUGCCAUUGCGAGCUUUCGUCUGUCGCCGCAAGACUACCACCGAUACCACUCACCUGUGCAGGGUACAAUCCAAAGCUUUCAGAGCUUACCAGGAGAUUACUACCAAGUAGAUCCUGUGGCUUUGCAAAGUAAUGUGGAUAUUUUGACACGCAACCGACGAGAUUUCGUGGUUAUCAAGACAAAAGAGUUUGGAGAAGUUCUCUUUGUGGCCAUUGGUGCCACAGAUGUUGGGAGCGUACAAAUUCACAAAAAAUACCAGCAUAUCGGAGAAACUGUAAAGAAGGGGGAUGAACUGGGCGUAUUCCAAUUUGGGGGCUCAUCUAUUAUCGUUGCCUUUCAGUAUGGUCUUAUCAAGUUUGACGACGACCUGUCGGGGCUUAGUGAACAGAAGAUCCAGACUUCUGUAGAGGUUGGCAUGAGUCUAGGAUCUUCCAAAGAAAAGUCUUAG